UUUGUGCAUUAAAAAGCCUGGGUCACGUGGUUUUAUCACCGAGGCGGAAAUGAAAGUUCUGUAGCGACMACGGCGGAGCACAGCUGACAAAGAGCUGUGAUGCCAUGGCAGCUGCCAGUGUGACCAGACCUGGCAGUGCCCAAACCACUGAAAAGUCCCAGUUAAUCCUGAAAGUGGUGUCAGCGAAGCCCCAGUCUCCAAAACUGCCGAAUCGUCACUCUCGACUCAGCUCGUUUGUUGAGGUGACUGCCGACGGUCUGACGAGUGAAACCAAAAAAACAGGCAAACGCACUGGACACCUGGAGCUGCAGUGGAACGAGGACCUCACCCUUAACGUCACGCCUCAGAGUCAUCUGGAUUUAAAGUUGUGGAGCUGCCACACUUUGAGAAAGGAGCUACUGGGCAGCGCUACCAUAGACCUGCUGGACACACUGCGCACGCACGAUGGCAAAAUGGAGAACGUCCAGCUGAGUCUGGUGCUGCAGACGGAGAACAAAGGCUCAGUUGUAGCAGGAGGGGAGCUUAACGUCUGUCUGGACGGCAUGGUUGUUGAUCUGGGCUCGUUGCCCAAUGGCAGCACAGCAGCAGACAAGAUACUUCAGUCUGACAGACCCAAUCUGAGGAGGACACAGAGUGAGGAAACCCCUAGUCCUGGAUCACACAAUAGAAACAACAGACAUUCAAUGGGGGGUCCACAGGGAGACUCUUUGGGGGGAUCCAGAGAGGGAUCUCUGACCAAUGGGAACCUUACUGAGGAGCAGAUCCCGGGGACCGGCUCAUCUGGUCGACAUCAAUCCUCAAAAAGCCAUAGCAGCCCUGUAAACAUUGCAGACAAAGUUGAGUUGACACCUAAUGGGGUGGAGAGCGGUCAUGGAGUCGUGGCUCGUCAGACACCUCCUCCAUCCUCCCCGUCGGGCCGAUCUCCAGCUGCCAACAGCAGCAGCAACAGCAGUAGCCCCUCUCCUGGUCAGGAUGCUCUGGCUCCAGCCACAGUUAUGGAGCCCAGUCCCAGUGCCACCUCCGGUACGGAGCAGGCAUGCAACAACACAGCAGAGUCCACCACAGACUCACUCCCGGCAGGCUGGGAGCAGCGGGUUUUACCUCACGGCAGAGUGUACUACGUCGACCACAACACCAAAACCACAACUUGGGAGAGACCACUGCCACCAGGCUGGGAGAAGCGUGUGGACCAGCGGGGCAGAUUCUACUACGUGGACCACAACACCAGAACCACGACGUGGCAGAGGCCCACGGCCGAGUCUGUGCGCAACUAUCAGCAAUGGCAAAGCCAGCGCAGCCAGCUGCAGGGUGCCAUGCACCAGUUCAGCCAGCGCUUCCUCUACCAGCCGUCUGGAGCUCCGGUGGAGAAUGACCCGCUGGGCCCGCUGCCUCCUGGAUGGGAGAAACGUCAGGACAAUGGCAGAGUGUACUUUGUCAACCACAACACACGGACAACCCAGUGGGACGAUCCUCGGACCCAAGGGAUGAUCAAGGAGCACCCCCUGCCCCCUGGCUGGGAGAUGAAGUACACCGCAGAGGGAGUCCGAUAUUUUGUGGACCACAACUCUCGAACCACCACCUUUAAAGACCCGAGACCUGGGUUUGAGUCAGGGUCACGACAGGGGGGUUCGCCAGGCGCGUACGACCGCAGCUUCAGGUGGAAAUACCACCAGUUUCGUUUCCUGUGUCAUUCCAAUGCCCUGCCGAGCCACGUGAAGAUCUCUGUGUCCAGACAAACGCUGUUUGAAGAUUCGUUUCAGCAGAUCAUGAACGUAAAGCCGUACGAUCUUCGGCGCCGGCUCUACAUCAUCAUGAGAGGAGAGGAGGGGCUGGACUACGGCGGCAUCGCCAGGGAGUGGUUCUUCCUGCUGUCCCACGAAGUCUUGAACCCCAUGUACUGCUUGUUUGAAUACGCCGGGAAGAACAACUACUGUCUGCAGAUAAACCCCGCCUCCUCCAUCAACCCCGACCACCUCACAUACUUCCGCUUCAUCGGUCGCUUCAUCGCAAUGGCUCUGUACCACGGAAAGUUCAUCGACACCGGCUUCACGCUGCCGUUCUACAAGCGGAUGUUGGACAAGAAGCCGACUCUCAAAGACCUGGAGUCCAUAGACCCGGAGUUUUACAACUCCAUCAUGUGGGUCAAAGAGAACAACCUGGAGGAGUGCGGAGUGGAGCUGUACUUCGCUCAGGACAUGGAGAUCCUGGGGAAGGUUUCCACUCACCAGCUGAAGGACGACGGAGAGAACGAGCUGGUCACGGAGGAAAACAAGGAGGAGUACAUCAGCCUGCUGACGGACUGGAGGUUCACCCGAGGGGUCGAGGAACAGACCAAAGCUUUCCUGGACGGCUUCAACGAGGUGGUUCCUCUGGAGUGGCUUCGCUACUUUGAUGAGAAGGAGCUGGAGCUGAUGCUUUGUGGGAUGCAGGAGAUCGAUAUGGCCGACUGGCAGAAGAACACCAUCUAUAGACAUUACACCAAGAACAGCAAGCAGAUCCACUGGUUCUGGCAGGUUGUGAAAGAAAUGGACAACGAGAAGAGAAUCCGUCUGCUCCAGUUUGUAACAGGAACAUGUCGGCUGCCGGUGGGAGGCUUUGCUGAGCUCAUAGGAAGUAACGGUCCGCAGAAGUUCUGCAUCGACAAAGUUGGAAAGGAGACUUGGCUUCCAAGAAGUCACACAUGCUUCAAUCGUCUAGACCUGCCGCCCUACAGAAGUCUGGAGCAGCUUCGAGAGAAGCUCCUUUUUGCCAUCGAGGAGACGGAGGGAUUCGGGCAGGAGUGACGCAUCGAACAGAAAUUAAACUGCAAAAUAACUUCUGUUAAUUCAACAACAUUUUACCUAUCGAUCUGAUUUUGCCUUUUUUUUGUUUUGUUUUGUUUUCAUUUUGAAGCCCUGACCUGCAGCAGGAUCGUCUUUAUGAACUUAAUUAUUGGAGGAUGAGUGUGUUUGUUUGUGUGAAUGUGAAUGUAUGUGUGUGUGUGUGUGUGUGUGUGUGUGUGUGUGUGUGUGUGUAGUUCCUCGUGUUAAUGCUGUUUCAUCUGCGUGAGUUUGACCGGAUGGCACAUGCACCCCUCCCACAGCUCCACCCCCAGCUUAGAAACCGCACCAACAACCCGACGGCGUUAUAGCCUCAAAGAUGACACAACCGAGCACAGCUCCCCGCAGAUGCAGUAUAACAUGUCUACCAGAGAGAAAACCACUUUUUAACAUUUUAAAGAAAAACAGCAGCGUACGAGAGGGACUGAGAUGUUAUCAGGAACUAGUGCACCUCUGUUACAGAGGUUAGAGAGAGGAGAACUUAUUUUUUAUUUUUCUGUUAAUUGUGGAAGUCGGCGUUUUCUUCUUGUACAGAUCAUAAAUAAAUACGAUUUCAGUUGUAA